UAUUGGCUCCAGGACUCUCUUCUUGGUUUGGCAUGAUAUUCGUUCACUUGUAAAGGAUAGGUCUGGAUUAUAACCUUUCUUCCAUCGACAGCUAUUGAAGGAAUGGGGGAGCUUAGCAUCAUGGAUUAGGUCAAGAUGAUGUGCCUCUGCCCAGGCCUCAGCAAGGUCACCGUCCUCAUUUGUUUCUUCGUAUCCCCACGAGGUGCUAUGGCUGUUAAAAUCUCCAAUAAUAACAUUAACAAGGUCAUAGUCGAAAGAUUGAGGUUCAGUAAAGGCAAAUGUAGAUCCCGGAGGUUUAUAAACAGAAGUGACUGAUAGUUUCCCCAUGUUGACAGCAAGGACUUCUAUGUUAUCCUCUUCAGUCAGUGAGGUCUGAUCGAUGAUCACAUCUUUCCUAACAAAGAUCGCACUUCCAUAUUUCUCAUGUGGCCUCUCUAUAGCCAACUUCAUUCCAGGAAUCCUCGGUCGAAUGUGUUGGUGGCCUCUGUGGGUCUCUUGUAGACAUAAUGCUACACAGUCGUUCUCUUUGCAGAGCUUUCCAAUGAGUUGUUGUUUCGCUGUUGAAAACCCCUCAGUGUUGAUGGACAUCACUGUUACCUUCCGUCCUGAAGAGGAUGCAUGCUUCCGGCGACAAUCAGUGGGAGCCAUUAUUAGAUAAUAUUUACUUGCUGGUAAGAGUAGAUGAGAUGGAUGGAUGAUGGUGGUGGUAGAAUUAGCUCAGGACGAUGUCCAGUUUCCAGCCCCGCGACGUGGACGCUUAGAUAAGUAGACACUCAGCAGAGUCUUCUAUUGUGACGUCACACUCAGCUCAGCAGUGGUGAAAGAUAAGUAGACAGUCCAUGCACAGAGUCUCUUAUUAUGUCUCUUGGGACAUCGAUAUCAAAUGUCCCACAGAAGGAACUACGACAGGAGGAACUACGACAGAAGGAACUUCGGCAAGAGGAACUACGACAGGAGGAAACGCGACAGAAGAAACAUCGGCAAAGGGAACAACGACUGGAGGAACUACGGCAGAAGGAACUUCGGCAACAGGAAUGACCACAGUAGGUAAAACGACAGUAGGUACAUCGGCAAAGGGAGGAACUACGCCAGGAGGAACUACGACAGAAGUGACCACGACAGACGGAACCAUUACAGAGGGAAAUAUGACAAGAUCACUGGCAGGGAUUUUAAAGACUGGAAUAUCUGGCGAUAAUCUGAGUAACAUUUCCAGAGCAGUGUUUCUUAUCACAGAAGAGACUGAAUACAUCACGGUCACAGAUAUGGGUUUACUCGUCGAUAUCCUGCAGCAGAUAUCUUACCUCAAUUCCACCGAUGCUAAUGUGAGUUUUACAGGUUAA